GGAACACAAAAAAAAAACAUUUAGUUCUUCGGGUGUUCUUUCCUUCACAAAGUCGUGUCAUUUUUGUUUUACACUCGACACCUUUCUAAACGAUUUAUCAUUAAUAUUUAUGAAUAUUUAAAAAAUUUAUUUUUAAAAAUUAUGUAGUAAACAUUUUAUAAAUGGAUAUUUUUAUCAAGAUUUCCAAAUAAUCAUAAUUGCAUUGCAGACUAAUAGAUUGCAUAACAGACUAAAUCUAUUAAUCUAUAGCUGUGACUGCAUAAAUAUAAAUAAAUAAACCAAUAAAUAAAUAAAUUUAUAAUUUAUUUAUUUAUUUAUACUUAUAUGUUCAUUAUAAUCUCUGACACUUAUGUUUACCGGACAUAAGAAUACAGACAAAAUAUUGACGUAUAUAAUUUAAAAUGUUUCUAUCUUAUAUAAAUAUUUUGUGUUGUCUGAGAUCGUCUUGCGGUUUCCGCUUGCGGCCGCGACUGUUUGCGAGGACGCUAGCGUACGGUAAAUCCACGCGUGAUUCCGCGCAGAUGUUUACAAUCGGGGAACCGUCCGUUACAGACUGAUUCGAAUCUGACGCUCCGCUCCUCGAUUCCAAUAAAAUCUGAAUCUAUCUAUCAUUCAUCACUGAAAUUCACUCAAAACGUGUCAUUACUCGCAACUUGAAAUAAUUUACUAGGUGAAUAUCGAGUAAGAAUGAUGUGCUUCGAUCGCGAACAACUAAAGAGAGCGAGAGUAUCGCGCAAGUUCUCGUUCGUAAACACUGAUCGCAAUAAUUAAUAAAAAUCGAUAAAAUCGCAAUUAUUUAUGUGUAUUCUCUGUAAUUGUUUCUGUAGUCUUCCCCUCUAGUGUUUCCUAGUCAAUAAAAUUUUUUUACACGUGUAUCUUGAAAUUUUUAAAAUUUUAAUUAUCUGCAGUAGAUUUCGAUUCUGUAAAUUGAAUCAAAGAGUUUUGUUUCGAUUUUUGCCGAGUGUUUAUCGUUAUCAUUCAAAAGUGUGCACAGUAUACGUGUGUGAUAUAGGUGACGUAUAAACAUUUGAAUAGCUGCAAAAUGUAUGGAGCUCGGAUCCAUGGAUUCACUGACAAUGAGCCCAAAUAACUGUGCGAAUCAGUAAUCCCCGCGGGUAUUUCCGCAAUUAAUUUUGCCUCUGAUUGACCGUACAGUCGAUCAUCGCUUUUCAUUCAUCCCCUUGAGCUGCUUUAAACGUGUAUACAUGAACAAUGAAGGACUGCAUCUACGUACAUUUCCCUAAAAUCUGGAAGAUCUGAGAGAACUGUACGUUUUCAAUUUCAAGAUGAUUUGGCUUUUACUCUUUACCAUUCAUGAAAUAUCAGCUAUCAGCAAUGGCAAUAUGAUGUUAAGAGAUUUGGGAGAAAAGGAAUACACCUUGAUAAAAGCAAAAUCAUCGCUGCCACAGCAUGGAAAGUGCUGGUAUGCUGCGCUCCAGGAGUUGAAGGGCAGCUGCGAUAAGCUAAACGAUCAGGAGCAUUCACUUCUAGCUCUGCGCCUGGCAAAUUGUUUUCUGGAGGACUCUGGUCACACACCUUAUAACUGCCAUGUUAGUGAAACAGAGGAUGAGCGUCGGAAAUGCAUCAAUGGUAUGGCAGAUCGAGCGUUCAGCGUGUACAAUGAAUUCUACACUCACGCAACUCAUAUGUGCUUUUUUUUGAAUUAUGAAGCUUGGCAAGCUGAAGUUGACAACACUAUUAAGCUAUUGUUUCAAGUAUCCUCCAGAAUGAAGGAUCAGCUGCUGGAAGCGUCUGAAAUGCAAGGCGUAAUACUGAGCAGUCAAAAGGAAGGUCUGCGUAUUCAAAACGAGCUUCUAGAUCAUGGCAAGGAACUCGGGACUGUACUGAAGACUUCGUCCGAGACAGUUAAUAGUAUGGUGUCAGAUUUCAAAGAAUCGGCGAAAGAUCAGAAGAAACUGCUUUACGAAAUCUUUUCAUAUAUACGCACUUUCCAGAGCUGGAUUAUCGGGGAAGUGUCCUGGUUUCAAUCUAUUAUAUUUUAUACUGUCAGCUGUAUUCUCUGUGCAUUAUUUAGUUCUUCCAGAAAAACAGUCGACGCGAGAGUUACGCUCUUUAGUAUUCUAAGUUUAAAUAUAGUGGUUGAGAGAAUACUGGUUCAAUAUUACGAUAAGAUUACUCUGCAAUCUCCUGAUGAUAAGGCGCACCUGUUGAGUACAACAUGGUUGUAUAGAAAAAUUACCUUGACACUUUGUGCUAUAACAUUAUUGUGUACAUAUUAUUGUUAUAAAGACGGACAGUUGGAAAAUUAUAAGGCUUUACAAAGAAUCGAGCAGCAAUUGCAUGUCAUUCAGCAAACUGCAAUUAUUUCCAACAUUGAACCAAUUCGUUACUCGAAACGGCUAGCGAUGAAACGUUUGCAUACAGUUUCUGAUAAGCGGGAGAACAUCACCAACGUUAAGAAUGACAAAUAAUUUAAAAAAAACUUAUCUGCACACGUUUUACCAAUGUAAUUGUAUAAUUGUAUAAAUUGAAAUAAAGAUAUAUUUAUGGGUCUUUAUAAAUA